AUGACAGCAGAUGACGAAGAUUCUGAUGGAUCCGUCACAAGCACUCCAAACGGCAAGCUCGAGAGCCAAAGCCAUGCUCCCCUUCUCUCCUCAACGGAGGACGCUCCUACAUUGACUCGAGACUCGUCCGCUGGCUCCGUCAAUGCGGCCCGUCCUCCUGCCCAGAGACAAUCCUCCCUUUCCCAGCCUCGACCUGAUGGCACCCCUCGAACUACCCACCGAGUACGAUUCGAUCUGGGCGACGAUCAAGCAAAUGGACAUUCGCCCGAAGAAUGGAUGGAUGAGGAGGACUAUCUCAACUCACCCAGUCAACGUGCAUCGCUCCUGACCGAUAUCACACCGCCGGCCGAAUCUCCCUUUCGGUCGGAAGCCUUCCAGCCCGAGGAUUAUUUGCCUAAUGCCAGGCCUAAGAGUGGGAUGCGAAGUGCGUUCAUGAACAUGGCCAACUCCAUCAUUGGAGCCGGAAUUAUCGGUCAGCCGUAUGCUUUUCGUCAAGCUGGUCUGACCAUGGGCAUGCUUUUGCUUGUUGGACUUACAAUUACGGUAGAUUGGACAAUUCGCUUGAUUGUGAUCAACAGCAAAUUGUCCGGGGCAGAUUCCUUCCAGGCAACCAUGCAACACUGCUUUGGCAAAAGUGGAUUUGUCGCCAUCUCGCUGGCUCAGUGGGCAUUUGCCUUUGGCGGGAUGAUCGCAUUCUGCAUCAUUGUGGGAGAUACCAUCCCACACGUCCUUGAAGCACUGAUUCCCGGGCUGAGAGAUGUUCCUUUUCUGUGGCUUCUGACAGAUAGGAGGGCAGUUAUUGUUCUCUUCAUUCUCGGCAUCAGCUGGCCACUGAGCUUGUACAGGGAUAUUGCGAAGCUUUCCAAAGCAUCUACUUUGGCGUUGAUCAGUAUGCUCAUAAUCAUUGUGACGGUCGUCACUCAAGGAGCCGUUGUCGAUCCAGAUCUACGAGGAGAUCUCAAGGGUUUAUUGUUUGUCAAUGAUGGCAUUUUCCAGGCAGUAGGGGUGAUCUCUUUCGCUUUUGUCUGCCACCAUAACUCCUUGCUUAUCUACGGCUCUCUCAAAACACCGACACUGGAUCGUUUCUCCACUGUAACGCAUUACAGCACCUUUACCUCGCUGGUGGCAUGCCUGGUCAUGGCGUUAGCAGGAUUCCUUACAUUUGGUGACCGAACCAAGGGGAAUGUGUUGAACAAUUUUCCUUCGCAAGGACACUUAAUGGUUCAAAUUGCCCGAUUAUGUUUUGGACUCAACAUGCUCACCACACUUCCACUGGAAUGUUUCGUUUGCAGAGAGGUGAUGAACAAUUUUUGGUUUCCCGAAGAGCCUUAUCAGCCCAAUCGACAUUUGAUUUUCACCAGUGCUCUAGUGAUUAGUGCCAUGGGCAUCAGCUUGAUCACUUGUGAUCUUGGAGCUGUGUUUGAAUUGAUCGGAGCCACCAGCGCUUGUGCCCUUGCCUACAUUUUACCACCGUUGUGCUAUCUCAAGUUAAGUACUAGAAGCUGGAGGACCAUACCAGCGGUGGCCUGCAUUGUAUUUGGAUUUGCAGUAAUGACGGUCAGCUUGGUGCUGGCCAUGAAGAAGAUGAUCAAAAGUGAGUGA